AAGCAUCUCCGUUAUCAAAGUUGAAGCUUCGGAAAGCUAUCGUCGGCGGGCGUGCAUCAAAGCUCCUGCGUAGACGGCAUUUCUGGCGGCAUAUUCCCUCUCAGCUGUCGACGAGUACGUAGGAAAGGGCGUCAGCACCUUCAACCAUCGGACUUUCUACGGAGUCUACUCUAAACGUCGCGAGUGCUUAGGAAGGCUCGGGAGUAGCAAGACCGUACUCACCUGCCAGCAUUUAGCUCUAGACUCCCUUCUCUAAAAACGGCGACCCGAUCAUACGAUUCCAAUAUGGUGUCUCUACCUUAUCCCCCUCGCUCCCUCUACUACGAUGGCAAGCCACAAUCGGCCAAUUCGGGCAAAUCAUCUCAGAACAUAGAUCCAUCAACGUCUCUGCCAAUUGCAGAGAUCCACUCGGCUUCCCACUCGGAUGUUGAUGCUGCAGUCGCCUCUGCCACAAAGGCAUUCCCUUCAUGGUCCCAAACACCCGCUAUCCAACGCUCUCGCAUCCUCCUCAAAGCCGCCUCCAUCCUCCGCGAACGAAACGACGAACUAGCAGCAAUCGAAACGAAGGAUACGGGCAAAGCUUUUUCUGAAACGUCAGCUGUCGACGUCGUCACAGGCGCCGAUGUCCUCGAAUACUUUGCGAACCUGGUGGGAGGCGGAGGAUUGAACGGAGAGACCAUACAGCUGCGGCCAGAUGCAUGGGCGUAUACCAAGAAAGAGGCCCUAGGAGCCUGCGUCGGAAUUGGAGCCUGGAACUAUCCUAUCCAAAUUGCGUUAUGGAAGAGCGCGCCGUGUCUAGCGGCAGGCAAUACCAUGGUCUACAAACCCUCCGAGUUUACACCGCUACACUCGACUCUACUAGCAGAGAUAUACACAGCCGCUGGGGUGCCUCCCGGAGUGUUCAAUGUGGUCCAGGGAGGUGGGGAUGUCGGAGCAUAUUUGACCUCGCAUCCUGAUGUCGCCAAAGUCAGCUUCACAGGACAGGUCAGCACCGGAGCGAAGGUAGCAGCAUCUGCAGCGGGAGGAAUGAAGUACGUGACCAUGGAACUAGGCGGCAAAUCUGCUUGCGUUGUUCUUCCCGACGCAGACAUCGAACAAGCAGUCGACGGGGCCAUGAUGGCAAACUUCUACUCCUCCGGGCAGGUCUGUACCAACGGAACGAGGGUGUUUGUGCAUGAAAGCAUGAAGGAAAAAUUCGAGGAGGUCCUAUUGCAGAGGAUGCAGUACAUUCGACCUGGAGAUCUCAUGGACAUGAACACGAACUUCGGACCUUUGGUUAGCAAGCCACAUUAUGAGAAAGUCCUCAGCUACAUGAAGCACGGAAUCGAAGAGGACAAGGCAACGCUACUUUACGGCGGACCUGGGAAGCCAGAAUGGCUAGCAUCUGCCAAAGAUGAGGUCAAGAAUGGGUUCUGGGUCCAGCCAACGGUCUUCACGAAUUGUAAGGACAGCAUGCGCAUCGUAAAGGAAGAGAUAUUCGGUCCUGUCAUGUCCAUUCUGCCUUACAAGACUGUGGAGGAAGUGGUUGAGCGUGCGAACAACACAUCCCUGGGCCUAGCAGCCGGGGUAUUCACUAAGGACCUAAAUCUGGCCCACAAGGUCGUUGCACAAUUGCAGGCCGGGAUAACCUGGGUCAACACUUGGGGUGAAAGCCCAGCAGAGAUGAGCGUGGGUGGGUGGAAGUUAAGCGGAGUAGGCGUCGAGAACGGAAGGCGAGGCAUCGAGGCAUGGGUCAGGAACAAGAGCACUUUAGUUGAGAUGAGUGGGGAGGUGCCUACAGUCUUCGCCAAAUUGUAGUAGCUCCAAAGUUAUAAAUGUACAUAUAUAUUACACGUGAUACUCACAUGAUCGGACUAGCCGCUGCUGCCUGCACCUCCGACCUCACCUCAUAUGCAUGCAU